CGGGGAAAAUAGAAUCGUGAAGCAUCCGACUGUGAAUUAUUCUAAAUAAAAAAUUUUUGAGCAAAAUGACGAAGUCCAAAGAAAACAAGGGAAUGAGCGCUAUCAACGAGGUAGUGACUCGUGAAUAUACAGUGAACCUUCACAAACGUCUUCAUGGUGUUGGUUUUAAAAAGCGUGCUCCUAGAGCAAUCAAGGAGAUUCGUAAGUUUGCUGAGCAACAAAUGGGUACCCCAGAUGUGAGGAUUGACACCCGUCUCAACAAACAACUUUGGUCUAAAGGAAUCAGGAAUGUACCCUUCAGAGUUCGCGUACGAUUGAGUAGAAGGAGAAACGACGAUGAGGAUUCACCUAACAAAUUGUACACCUUAGUUACGUACAUACCAGUUGCUACUUUCAAAGGACUACAAACAGAGAAUGUUGAUGCAAGUCAAGAUUGAAUUAUAUCUGUAUAAUAAAUAGUUUUCACCAA